AUGCCUACCAUAGGUGUAGACAAAGCGGCGCUCUUCAAGGAGCUGGGACGCGAAUACACUACCGAGGAGUUCGACGAGCUAUGCUUUGAGUUCGGUAUCGAGUUGGACGAGGACACAAGCCAGAGCACCAAGCCAGAAGACAAGGCACAACCGCCGCAGCUCAAGAUUGAGAUCCCAGCGAACCGAUAUGACAUGCUAUGUUUCGAGGGAAUUGCUAUGAAUCUGAAGGUCUUCCUGGAGCAGCAGAAACUGCCAAAGUGGACGGUGACGGCGCCAAAGGACGGCGAGUUGCAGGUGCUGGAAAUCAAGCCGGAGACUCAACAAAUUCGAGAGCUCUGCUCUGGCGUCAUACUGCGCAACAUUGACUUCACCCAGGAACGAUACGACUCCUUCAUUGCGCUACAAGAUAAACUCCACGCGAAUCUGGCUCGCAAUCGGACUUUGGUUUCGAUAGGAACACACGAUCUUGAUACGGUCAAGGGCCCCUUCACAUAUGAAGCUCUUGCACCAGAGCAGAUUGAGUUCAUCCCUCUGAACCAGACAAAGAAGAUGAACGGCAAGGAGCUCAUGGAGUUUUACGACAAAGACAAACACCUCGGACGCUUCUUACACAUCAUUCGGGACUCGCCUGUUUAUCCUGUCAUCUACGACUCGAAUCGCACCGUUUUAUCGCUGCCUCCGAUCAUCAACGGUGAUCACAGCAAGAUUACGCUCAAGACGAAGAAUGUCUUCAUUGAGAUCACUGCGCUUGACAAGACCAAGGUCGAGAUCGUGAACCACAUGCUCGUCGCCAUGUUCGCCGGCUACGCUGAGUCGGUAGAGGCCAUCAAGAUCAUUUCUCCACACAACAACGAGUCCAGAGAAUCCCCUGACCUUUCACCGCGCGUCAUGCAGGCUGAGGUAGACUACUUGAACCAGGUAACAGGCCUCGACUUAUCGCCUGAGGAGAUCUCAAAACUCCUUGCGCGCAUGGGUCACGACGUAUCGCCGUCGAAGUCGGACAAGAAUAUUCUCGAUGUAUCAGUCCCAAUCACAAGAGCUGAUAUCCUUCACCAAGCCGACAUCAUGGAGGACUACGCCAUCGCCUACGGCUUCAACAAGCUACCGCGCAUAUACCCCAACAAGACCUCCGCUGUCUCAGCGCCACUACCGAUCAACAAACUUGCCGACAUCGUGCGCCUCGAGGCGGCAGCAUCAGGGUGGACAGAGGUCAUGCCCCUCAUCCUUUGCUCACACGAAGAGAACUUUGAGUGGCUGAACCGAAAAGAUGACGGCAAGACGGCAGUCAAGCUCGCGAACCCCAAGACCGCGGAGUACCAGCUCGUGCGCACAUCCUUGCUACCGGGUCUGCUGAAGACGAUCAACUCGAACAAGCACCACUCUGUGCCCAUGAAGAUCUUCGAAGCCAGCGACGUAGGCUUCAUCGACAUGUCGGAAGAGAGGAAGAGCAGGAACGAGCGACACUUCGCAGCAGCUGUCAUGGGCAAGACGAGUGGGUUCGAGCAGGUGCAUGGUCUGCUGGACAGGCUAAUGACAAUGCUGAGGUCCAAGUUCUUGACAAGAGAAGAUGGGUUGAAGAACGAGGAGCUGCAGGGUUACUGGAUAGAAGAGGUUGAUGACCCGACUUUCCUCCCAGGACAUGCGGCGGCUAUCAAGCUCAAUCUCGGUGGAAAGAACCACACCAUUGGUGUGUUUGGCAUCCUGCACCCGAGUGUGUUGCAGAAGUUCGAGUUGCCAUACCCCGUCAGUACAGUCGAGUUCAACCUCGAGGUCUUCUUGUAG